CGUCCCACUGUUUGCCACAUUUUUCAAAUUUUGAUAAUUAUCCAAACUCUCCGACGAUGUCCGGCCCCAACCAGUACUUCAACGUCCCCUUCCGCCGCCUCGCCAUCGGCAACGCCGACGAGUUCCGGCAGGCCGGCGCCGUCAAGGCGGCGGUGGCGGAGUUCAUCAGCACCCUGAUUUUCGUCUUCGCCGGAUCGGGAUCCAGCUUGGCCUACCACAAGAUCACCGGCGGCGACCCCACAUCCCCCGCCGGCCUCGUCGCGGCGGCCCUGGCUUACGGCCUCGCCCUCUUCGUCGCCGUCUCCGUAGCCGCCAACAUCUCCGGCGGCCACGUCAACCCCGCCGUGACUUUCGGCCUCUUCGUCGGAGGAAAUAUUACUCUCUUCCGCGGCCUUCUUUACAUCAUCGCUCAGCUCCUCGGCUCCGUCGUCGCCUGCCUCCUCCUCCUCUUCACCACCGGCGGACUGAACGCGCCGGCGUUCACAGUGUCGGGGGUGUCAGUGUGGAGCGCGUUGGUGUUCGAAAUCGUGAUGACGUUCGGGCUGGUGUACACCGUCUACGCCACCGCCGUCGACCCGAAGAAGGGCGAGAUCGGAAUAAUUGCGCCGCUGGCGAUCGGAUUAAUCGUCGGCGGGAACAUUCUGGCCGGCGGUCCAUUCACCGGCGCGUCGAUGAACCCGGCGGUGUCGUUCGGGCCGGCUCUGAUCAGCUUCUCCUGGACCUACCAAUGGAUCUACUGGCUCGGGCCGUUUAUCGGCGCCGCCAUCGCCGCCGCCGUGUACGAGAUCUUCUUCAUCAGCCACAGCCACGAGGCGGUUCCCGGCAGCGAAUUCUAAAAUGAUUGAACCCUUCUGCGCUUUGAUGUAUUUCCUUGUUUUCAUUUUAUUAUGUAAAUCGUGUUUUCAUUUUUAGUUUUUGGUGGUUCGACGCUUUUGUGGAUUUGCACACUCAAUGGAUGGAACUGUACGGUGUGUCACUGUAGGCCAGCGCUGCCUUAAUCCUUAUCUUGGUAAAUAAACAAAAGUAAUUUUUACUUUUUCUUUA